AUGUCCACCAGUGUCACGGCCAACUCACUGCUCUUCAUGAUCUAUAUUUACACCUUCCUCAUGCAGCCUCAACUGAAGAAGCCCAUAGACUGGAUUUUCAUGCACCUGACAAUGGCCAAUAUUUUAAACAUUAUUUUCCAUUCAAUGCCAGAAAUCAUGUCAUCAUUUGGAGUCAAACGUUUCUUGGACAAUAUUGGUUGUCAAAUUUUUUUGUACAUAUACAGAGUUACCCGGGGUCUUUCCAUCUGUACCACCUCUCUCCUGAGUGUAUUUCAGGCCAUCACUAUCAGUCCCAGUCAUUCUAAAUGGGCACGGCUGAAGUCUAAACUGUCCACCUGGAUUUUCCCCUCUUUCCUUUUCUUCUGGGUCAUCAACAUGCUGAUCUACAUCCAGGUCAUUAGAGUCAUGGGAGCCAAAUUGAAUUUCACUAUGGUUGGUCAGGGAUAUGUCAAUGCAUACUGUCAAAGCAAGAAGAUGAACAUGCGCUAUCCGGGACCAUUUGUAAGUUCCAUGGUGGUUCGUGAUCUACUAUUUGUGGCACUGAUGAUCAUGUCCAGCCUCUACAUGGUGGGGCUCCUCUACAGACACCACAGGAGAGCCCGGCACAUCCACAGCUCCAGCCUAUCCAGGCAGAUGUCUCCAGAAAACAGAGCCACCCAGACUAUCCUUUUGCUGGUAUUUUGCUUUGUGUUCUUCUAUUUUUUACAUAACCUUUUGACCCUUUUUGUGCUUUAUAGAACUGAGAAAAAUAUAAGGUUGGAGAGCAUUAGUGGAUUUUUAUCAACAUGCUACCCGACACUCUGUCCCUUUUUUCUGAUGAAAAAUAACAAAAUGAUUCCCAAAUUACUCUCCUUCCUUCCAAAUAUGAGAAUGACCUUUCCUCAGAGAACUUUAAGUGGCUGA